UUUGAGGGCACACAUUAGAGCACUCACUGCAUUUGGUCUGCAACUGACACUGAUCCUCUAGAUUUUAUAUCUCUAAAAAUGUCGACGAUGGAUUUGAGAAGAAAACUGAGCGAUUCUCGAAGCUCGUCAGAGUCAUCAUCAGAUGCUGUUACUCAGAAAUCAUCAUUGGAAAUUCAUUCACUUGGAGGUGCAACAUCUCCAUCACUUCUACCAGUUUCGCCAUCAAUGCAUUCAAAUGGUAUUUCACGUGGACAUAAUGGAGACAGUCGGAGAAGUAGUAUGGUUGAUGCAACUGGAAGAUUUUGUAGUCAACCGAUGAGCGGUUCUCCCGAGAUUCUCGUUGGCCUCUGCUAUGAUGAUAAACAUGAAGUUGUGUCAGUCUGUAUUGAGAAAGCAUCUUCACUUGGUUCAGACACUGCUCAUCCUCCAGAUUCUUUUAUAAGAAUAAUUGGUCUUGAUGAAUUCAGCACAGAGCUCUCUCGUCAUAAAACAGAUACAGUGAAGCAUUCAACACAACCAGUUUACAGUCAUCAUUGUACUAUGAGAUUUUCAAAAGACAAAGUCGAGACAUCAACAGUCCGAGUUGAAGUAUGGACAGUCACCGGAAUUCUUCGUCGUAAAGUUCAAAUUGGCUCAAUUUCCAUUGGAUUUGCUUCAUCAACCCCUGAUGCCAACGAGCAUUGGCAACAGAUGAUGCAGGGCGCCGGAAUCACAGUAUCAAAAUGGCAUGCAAUCCAAUCUGAAUAAUUAUUUUUAUUUUUUAUGCUUACCAUGACAAUCAGUCAAAAAAAAAUAUUCAUUGCUUGGUUUUUGCUUCCUAGAUCUCUUAUUUCUUUUAUAUUGUUUUAAAGUUUCUUUUUUUAAUAUUUCGGUUUAAGUUUAUUGUCUCGAUAGAACGCGUUUUCAUAUUGAUUAACUAAUUAUCUUCUUCUUGAUUUCCCAACUUCUUAAUAUAAUACGUAUUGCGGUUUUAUUUGUGAUUAUCUUAUUCCCCUAUUUCAUUUUAUACGAAGAAAAAAAUAAAAUUGAUUGAAGUUUAUAAAU